CGUGUGUGUUCAGCCAGGUUUGAAUUUCGAUGUUUUUCUAUACGCAUGGAUGGAAAAUGGUCGUGUUAUUGAUUCGUUUCUCCAGCGUUUCAGGCCUGACGUAGCGAUCAGACCUGAUCAAGUCGAUUUCCAGCCUCGUGUGGUCGACAUUUGUUCCGAUGCAAGUAGCGGGAGGUAUUGUCGUAAUGUAUUUGAGAAAGACUACAAGGCUACUAUUGGUGUCGACUUUGAGUCAGAGCAAUACGUUUUCUUCAAUCGAUCAUUCAUUCUCCAGCUGUGGGACACAGCUGGUCAAGAACGGUUUAAGAGCAUUGCUGCUGCUUACUUUAAAGGAGCUAGAGUUAUUGUCAUAGCGGUUGAUCUUACGGACCUCGUGACAUUGAACAAUUCUAGUACUUGGUUACAAGAUGCCCUUCGAGACAAUCAUGACAAUGACUGUGACAUCUACUUGGUUGGUACCAAGAAAGAUCUUUGUUCUCAAAGUCGUUACGAGAGAAAGGAGCAAGCAGCCAUUGCUGUAGCAAACGUAUUAGGUGCAGAAUACUGGACAACGUCGUCACUAACAGGAGAGAAUGUAGAGUCAUUCUUUAAUAGAGUAGCAGCUCUUGCGUUUGAGAAGGCUGUACUACGAGAGCAAGAAGCAAUAGACAGUCGAUUGUGGCAUUGUUGAUGACAACGAUCCCAUUCGAGUGUCAAAGAGAGACAGUCGUAUUAAUAGUAGAAGCAGUCACUCAAAGAGCAAAUGCUGCAAGUAGUUGUCGAGUACGAGUGGUGGAAACAAUGAAAGCUAAUCGAUUUGUUACUUGUAUAUACUCAUUAUUAACUAAAGUCCGUUCACGCAUUAGAUAGACUGAGGAAUUCAGCGCGUAUCAGGACUAUAGUAUGGGUUUCCGAGGUCUAAUUGAUAUCGAUGGACAUCUCUUGAAG